UUUUUUGUUUUUUGUUUCAGUUUUUAUAUUCUUAACUCGCAAAAUUUAAUCAAAAUGAUUGUUCUACAAGAUUUGGAAGAACCUUCCGAAAAUAUUAUGGCUACCGAAAAUAUGGUUGUUGCUUAUUGGGAGAGAGACUGUCUUGGACAAGGAAAUCUUUUUUUGACUGAUCGCCGUAAAGGUCUUCGUUUGCCAGUUCCGUCGAUUGUGGUGCAUGCUGUUUCUGCUUCGAAUGAAAGCUUUCCGGAACCUUGUCUUUUCACUUUGAUUGACACAUCGAAAGCUGGAGUGGAAUACACACCAGAGCCUUUAGACGAUGAUGGUGAGGAAAUUGAAGAGAACGAGGAUGUAAAGACGGUUGCUUUUCGACUUAUUCCGGCGGACUCUACUCAUAUCCAGGAUCUUUUUGCAACUUUGAAUAAAUGCCAAGAAUUGAAUCCUGAGCCGGAGGAGAUGUCGGAUGAGGACAACUACGACGAGGACGAUGAAGAAUGCCACGAAAAUGGCGAAGUUGACCAUGACGAGGAAAUGAAUGGAGAUCAAUAAUGACACAAAAUCUCUCGUGCUAAAAAUGCAAUAGAAGAAGCGCAUUCCUUUUCGAAGCAUAAAAAUAAAGUUAAUAUAUUUAAAUUUAAAAAAUUUUUAUUUUUAAGGCUGUAUUUUAAUUUUGAAUUUUUUGCGGAGAAAAUUUGCGGAUUUUUUUUUUCGAGAUUUUUAAAAUUUUCCAAAUUUUUAUUCAUAUUUUUGAAAAAGUAAAAAAGCGGAUAAGGAAAGGAUAGGUACUUAU